UGAUCCUGUUUGUAGAUUGUAGCAGCCAAUAAGUGAAAGAUAGAACAGCACCAUCCAACAAAAUCCAAUUUGUGGCCAGAAUUACAAGAGGAAGCCUUCCCCUCCUUUCCAAAGCUUGUCUUCUGAUUAGCUAUGGCUUCUUCUGUUUCUCUUCAAGGUACUCUAUUUAGAUCCCAGUUUCUUGGCCAAAAUAACCUCUUUAAUCGUCCUCACAAGUCACAAUCUUUGGUUCCUAAAGAAUCAUCCAGGUCUAAGCUAAAGCCAUGCGCGAAAUUCGAUCUAUUUGAAAUCCUGGGAGGCAGAGGACUCUGUAAUGGAGAAAAAGGUAUCCAACAAGAACUAAAGAAAGACAUCGAAUCAUCAUUAUCGCCGUCAGUUUCUGCUAAUGAGGAAAAUUCCAGCACCACGGAAGCAUCAGUGACUGGUGAUGUCACAGAGAAUGCUUUUGAAAAAGAGCUUAUGGGUUUAACUGGAGGAUUUCCUGGUGGGGAAAAGGGACUAAAAAAAUUUUUAGAGGAAAACCCACCUCCGAAAAAACAGUCAUCUACAGGUUCAGCAAGUAUAGCGGGGGUUACUUCUUCGAAAAAGCCAAAACCACCUGAAUUGCCAUUGCUCAUGCCUGGUAUGAUUGCUAUUGUUGAUAAUCCAAACAGCCCAUAUUAUAAGUACUGCGGCAUUGUUCAGCGAAUCACUGAUGGAAAGGCAGCUGUUCUAUUCGAAGGAGGAAACUGGGAUCGGUUAAUUACUUUCCGGCUUGAAGAGCUUCAACGCAGGGAAAAAGGCCCUCCAGGGAAAAACCCCAGGUCUGUUAUAAUUGAAGAGCUAAUGCAAAAGGAACAGCAAUGAACUUCCUGUUUAUAUUUUGUUGUUUUAUUCAUGUCUUUGUUCAUAUGCAUUGUCUAUGUUUUUUGAGGGUUCCAACUAAGAAGGAAAUAAAUUAUGUUUGUAAAGAUCAUACAA